UUGGGGGGGAGGGUUUUGGGAUACUGGGAACAUGGCGGCUGCCUUGGAAAUUGAAUUGGAAGUAGAUAACGAAGAUUAUUAUUCUCUGCUCAAUGCCAGGAGAGAGGCUACUCAAGAAGAGUUGAAGGCGUCGUACAGGCGUCUGUGUAUGCUUUACCACCCUGACAAGCACAGAGACCCUGAGCUAAAGAGGCAGGCAGAACAACUAUUCACCUAUGUACACCAGGCAUAUGAGGUUCUCAGUGACCCACAAUCCCGAGCCAUAUAUGACAUAUUUGGGAAGAAAGGCCUGGAGGUGGAAGGCUGGGAGGUGGUGGAGAGGAAGAGAACCCCUGCAGAGAUCAGGGAGGAAUAUGAACGUUUGCAGAGGGAGAGAGAUGAGAGGAGACUCCAGCAGAGAACAAACCCUAAGGGGACAAUAAGCGUUGGCAUAGAUGCAACAGACCUCUUCGAUCGAUAUGAGGAGGACUUUGAGGAUGUACCAGGAGGAGGUUUUCCCCAUAUUGAGAUCAACAGGAUGCACAUUUCCCAAUCCAUUGAGGCGCCCCUAACCACUUCAGAUACCGCUGUCCUCUCUGGAUCUCUGUCUACGCAUAAUGGCAAUGGAGGAGGAAAUAUAAACCUUUGUGUGCGCCGUGUGACCUCAGCGAGGGGCUGGGGAGAGAUGGAGUUUGGUGCAGGGGACGUUAGAGGACCUUUAUUUGGGAUGAAAGUAUUCCGUAACGUAACUGCACGAUGCUUUGUGACUGCCCAAUGGGGACUGCAGUUCUCCUCACGUGGCGUGCGGCCUAGUGCCUCUACAAUGAUGGCUCGCCACCUGGACCAAAACACUAUGGGCUACCUGCAGUGGCGCUGGGGAAGCCAGUCUGCCAUGACCACCAGCAUCGUCAGGGACACUAAAACAAGCCACUUCACCCUGGCCCUGCAGCUGGGCGUUCCUCAUUCCUACCUAAUGAUGAGCUAUCAGUACAAAUUCCAGGAUGAAGACCAGACCAAGGUCAAAGGUUCCAUCAAGACUGGGUUCUUUGGCACCGUGGUCGAAUAUGGUGCAGAGCGUAAGAUCAGUCGCCACAGUGUUUUGGCUGCUACCGUCAGCAUUGGUGUACCCCAAGGAGUCUCCCUCAAAAUCAGGUUGAACAGAGCCAGUCAGACCUACCUCUUCCCGAUUCAUCUGACCGACCAGAUUUUACCCAGCGCUGUGUUUUAUGCCACUGUGGGCCCGCUGGCCAUCUACUUAGCUGUCCAGAAGCUUAUUAUUAUGCCUUAUAUACAAGCCCAGAAGGAACAGGAGUUGGAGAAACAGAAGGAGGAUUCUGCGUCAGAAAUUGCUCGCAGGAAGCAAGAAGCUGAAGCUGCUGUUUUGCUGAUGCAAGAGUCAGUGAAGAGAAUUAUUGACGCUGAGGAAUCUAAAAUGGGUCUCAUCAUUCUAAAUGCCUGGUACGGCAAAUUUGUAUUGGACAAUAGUCAGAAACGUGAGAAAGCAGAAGUCAUCGACGUGACUGUCCCGCUCCAGUGUUUAGUGAAAGACUCUAAACUCGUUCUUACAGAAGCAUCGAAGGCUGGCUUGCCGGGGUUUUAUGACCCGUGCGUCGGAGAGGAAAAGAGCCUAAAGCUGCUGUACCAGUUCCGAGGUGCAAUGCACCAAGUCUUGUCUGGAGACACAGAGCCUCUUAGGAUACCUAAACAAUCUCAUAGAAUCACUUCAGAGACGUAGGAAUCUUCCACACAUUGGAAGAAAGGACAGAUGAACUCAAUGGACAUCAAAGGAACAUAAAGGGACAGUCAGACAUCAAGUGAUCCGAAGGGCUGCCCCUCUUCAUUCCACGUAUUCACCCGUGUAUCACCUUUGUGUUGUCUGUUUAACUCAAAUCCCUUAACAUAUAUCGUCAAUGGGUCGAACACAUCUUAAAAUCUCCUUAAGAUCUGGAGUUUUAAGUGAGACUUCCGAUGAACCAUCUGAACCCGUCUGCAGCUUUGAUAGCUGUCUGUUUUCAGGUAGUAGGAGGUAGUCAAAUAUCAUAUCGCUCAAUCCAUCAGUCUUAAUCAGUGUUAAUACGACACUAUCUGAAGAUAUCUACUGGAUAGUACAGCAAUAAAAGCUCCUGUAACAAAAAAAAGUAUGGUUCACACUGUAAUGAAGUGCUGUACAACCCGUGGUUUAAUAGGACAGGUAUUGAUAUUGUUUAUUGAUAAUGUUUUUGACAGAAAGGUUUGCAAGUUUGUACACUGAGCUUAAGAACAGGAAAUCUUAGGCUUACACUGCCUCUAAAAUCAGUACUGUAGAAGCUGCUUUUUUACCAUAGGAUCAUGAUUUUAAUUUCUGUUUGGAUAACACUCAUCGGGUUAAUAUUUAUAUUUUCAGGUGAAUCUCACAACAAAAAAUAAAAUGCUUGGCAAAUUCUAAAUUUUACUGUAAUCUAAACAUUUUAAUUUCUGUGAUACAUGAAAAUCUGAAUAAAAAAAUGUCCAAUUUUUUCCUAAAUUGAGGUCUUUUGUAUUACUGUAAGAUAUUGACAAUUAGGGGAGGUCGUUUAAAAUGGACUUGCAAGAAAUCUCAAAAAUACAAGAAAUCUUACAUAAUUUUCUUCAUGCAAACUUCAUGCAAAAUGGAUUCACCAUUUCCUCCAUAUCAAAGAUAUUUAUACACCAUAUAUUCUCCAAAUUUAAAAUACUCAAAGUCAACAGUAUUACUGUACAUAAUCAGAGCCAGUGAACUGGAAAUAAGGACAUGCUGUUAUUUUUAUUUGUUUAGAUUGUGGUUCUUUGCAUCUGGACAUUAUAAGCAACUUUCCCCUUCUCAGUUUUUAAAAGUUGAAUUGCAUUAGUUUUACUGACUUUAAAUGCUUAGAUUGAGCUAGUAUAAACCUUUUGGAUAAUUUUGUGCUACAUUUGGUAUUUAUCAUGAUUUGAUUGAGGGGUUUAAACAGAGUUGUUACAAAUAUAAAAUCACAGUAGCAGAACAGUAUUUAAUGAUUCGUAAUUUCAAAUGAUCCUCAUUUGUGCAACUACUCCACUGAACUGUUCAUUCAUUGUCAUUUUAAUAUGCACCUUUUGUUUUAGUUUUCUUAAUUUGACAUUGUGUUAUUAGUGCAAUUUGUCAUGAGUGGGUAAUACCUACCUAAUUUAAGUCUGUAAUUGAUGUUUAUUUGUAACAGUCUUUCCAGCUGUACCUUUUGUCUCUUGGGCUAUAAGGGAAAAAAGUCAUUUCAACAUCAAGUCAUUUUAUUGUUGUAGCAGCAACAAUAAUCUUCUCAUUCAGAAGUGAAAAUAAGGCUGAAUUUCCCCAAUUCCUGGGUCAGUGUUAAGUACAUGCACUAUUGACAGGCCAUGGCAUCAUUUUGGUGUGAUUUAAAAAUGGCCCUUUUGAUGUUCCCUGGUUUGUUAUCCAGUACUGUCAUUACACCUUGCACGUCUCCUGACUUUUUAGCAUAGCUCUUGUUCAAGCCACAUUUUGCAACUCUGAAAGAAACCGGUGUUACAUUCCUAUCUGAUGCAAAACCUUAAUGUAUUCAUGUUAUGUAAUCGACCUGAAGAGUAAUUUAAACAAUAAAAAGUGAAGAAAACUACA